AUGAUUCAGUCGCCAUUUUCUGAAGGUGGGCCGAGUGACAACCGAUGCUUUCCAGAGGUGCAAGAAUUGGAACCAUCACGGGUUGAGCCUGAGGGAGACGGUCAACCUGAACCGAGUGAGCGUGAGCCAAGUCCAGUAGAACGUUCAGAAACUGAAGAGCGACCGGCGGAAACUGCGGAAUCGUGGGUGGAGGCUUUAUCUGCUGACUGGAUGGACCCAGCGGAUGCUGAAGAAGUUAGCCACGACAAUUACUCAGAAAUUGAGAUGGAUAGUUCUGUUAUUAAUACCACAUUUCUCCGCCCUACACGUCUGGAUCAGGACCAAUCUGCGCGUCGUCUUCAUCCGUUUUGGUGGAUUUUCUAUCAGUCCAGAUGGCCUAUUUUCUUAGCUCCUCGUCAUUUAGUGCAAGUAAAGCGAUUUCAACAGAAGAAUUACUUUUCUCGUGCAUCGUGUUUGGUUUUACGUUCGGAUUUGUUCCGCUGGGGCAUUGAUUGCGAUAAAGCAGUCAUAUUUCUAUUAAUAGACCCUUUGGUGAGUUUUUACUUCGCUCCAUGCAUAUUGUUUGUUGUGAUAACAAUAUCGUUCAAACGAAUUUCCCGUGACUGUGUUGCGUGCACUACAUGUGUUCGGCUGUCCGAUGCAAGCAUUCCCUUCACUCGCAAUAAUGACGGAUCUAUGGCCUUGGACUAUCACGAUCAUUUAAUCUUCUAUUUGCUUCUAAAUGGAGAUUCUAUGUGGGAUUGGUGCUGGUAUAACUGGUAUAAUUCAGUCGAAGGCUUCACCCGUUAA